AUGGAUAGCCCUAAUCGUAUCUUUGAACUCGAGGACUUUGAAGAAAAUGAUGAUAUUCUCCAGAAGCCUGUAGUGGAGGAGAGGCUGCCCAAAGCAGAUCGAGGCAGAGUACAGGGGCAAGGAAGAGGACUGUUGAACUAUAUAACGGGAGAUAAAAGAAUACCUUCUGUCGGGAGAGAUAGGUCGAGUCUGCUGAGCAAGGUAGAGGAACUUCACUGUCAUGAAGAGUUAUAUGGAUUAGGAAGCAAGUCGAGGGACUCAGGACUGAUGAAUUCCAGUACACCAAAACCAAGUGGUAUUAAUAGCAGGGACCUCUCAGCCAAUGACAGGAUGCACCUUGUUCCAGUAGGAGCAGAAGACUGUAUGUUGGAUAGGAACCAGUUGGUUGUGAACCAAUCUCAAGGAUACUCCAAGUGUGCCGUUCGAACCUGCAGUGCCAAGUUUUCAGGUGCCACUCCCAUGUUUACUCACAUAUGGGAAUUUCAUGCCAAAGGGAUAGAUGAUAUCCCAGUUUUUCUGAAUUUUUUAAUGGAGUUGGCCGAAACUUUGUGGUUGACACCACAAAGUGUUAACCAAGAUGCCACUUUAGAGCAACUCCGCCUUUGGGUAGAGCAGAGAAUGGGGAAAGUGGAAUGGAGUUUUUCAGUCCAGAUCCGAGAGGUCAUGUAUCGCCUCUCGAUGCACUUAGGGGUGAAUCCUCCAUUGGAGACUCAGCUAAGACAAGUAAGAAUGGGAUGGUCACCGCAUGUGGCUAUGCUAGCCCAUCCACUGGUCAUGGCAAUCCUGAUUAAUGGGGCUAAAUUUAUGGGAGACUGGUAUGAGUUGGAUCAAUCUCAAUCUAACUUCAGAGAGUGUUGGGAGUCUGAGUUGCCAGAGCACAUUGUUGGAGAAUGGCCUAACUCUCAGGUGCUGGUGGUUCAAGACAGUAUGCCAAAUUCCCUGAAAGAACUGGAACCUGCCUUGAAGAAACCUGUCUUUAAUGCGUCUACUCUGCCAAGUUUACCAGUGUCUAAUGUAAAGUGUGUUAGCAGAAGUGAUCUCCAUUCUUGGUCGAGGGACACUGGUUUACCAUUGUUGCAGGUAGUUGAUUGCCUGUGGCAUCCUGGAAGGAUGCCAAGUAUCUGGGGAAGGGAUGUUAACAAGUUUUUGAGCGACGAUAAAUGCCCAAUUGAAGAACCGGUAGGUAUUAUUGGCGGCUGUGUAGGUUAUGGUUUCCACGAAGAGCCAUUACCAGAUAUCAGUAAUUACUGGGUAGUAGCAAAGGGGAUACGCCCAGGAGAGGUAGACUUUGCACUCCCCAGGGAUGUAGCAAAUGUGGUUGCGACCUGCCGGGAUAAGAACUGGGUGGUUGGAGACAUAGGGUUGGAUUACUCAGAAGUCACGAGCCAAUGUCAGCAGAGGUUCGUGUUGGCGGAAUUCUUCCGCAGAGCUGAUUUUAACGCAGGAAUGGUGUUAUUGUUGAAGGGCUCGCCAGAUGACCCUUUGGGUCUUGUACCCACUCAAGAUUGUCUUACGCUUCUGGAUGGAUUAUUUGUACCGACCCUGGUGCCAGUAUACUUGCAUAACUUUACCGGAGGACCGGAGCAGGUGAGAAUUUGGACGAAGUCUGGCCGACCUGUAUUCUUCGGGGUGAGUGGACACGUCACAGAAAUGUCAGCUGUACAGAUAGCAGGGGUACAGGAGAUUCCAGGUGACCGAUUGUUAGUGGAAUCAAAUAGUCCCAACCGACAGUGUGGAGUUGAAUUUCCGAUGAGUCCACAACUUAUCGGGAAAGUUUAUCAGAAGAUUGCAGAGAUUCGCAAUGAAAAUGUGGCCCAGCUUGCUGGAAGAGUUUAUCAGAAUUUCCGGAUGUUCUUUGAACCACAGCUGAGAGGAAACCUAUGAACUGGAGGUGUGUCUGCCCUCCAGCAAAGGGACUGUAUCGGACUGUCCUAACCCUCGAGAUACCGAAAUAGAGCAACUCUGAUCAGUGACUCUGUGAAUUGUUAUAUUAACUUUGUAAUAAUAUUAUGAACAUUUUAAAUGAGCAUUUUAUUAAAAAUACAUCUUAAUAUUUUAA